AUGAAAGCGCUUCAAUUAACUCGCGUCACCUCGAGUGUGCCCCCAACGUUCGCAAAAGCAAACCUGCCCAUCCCGCGCCCGAAACCUGGUUAUGCAUUAGUCCAGAUUCACUAUGCCUCAGUCCAACCAUCAGAUCGAAUGAAUGCUCAGGGCGGUUUUCCAUACACCACCUUUCCCCGAGUCCCAGGCCGCGACUACUCAGGUGUGGUAGUCGAUGUGGCAGAUGACACCAAUGACGCCAAAUCCUGGAUAGGCAAAAGUGUCUACGGAACAAGUGGCUCAACUCUUGGCUUUGGAGUUGAUGGAACGCACGCUCAAUACUGCUUGAUUCCCCAAGCUGCACUUGUUGAGAAACCUGCACCUCUAUCUCACAUCCAAGCUGCCACUGUUGGUGUCCCAUUUACCACAGCGCUAAUGUGUCUUCGCCGUGCACAGGUAACUGCAAAUGACAUCGUUCUUGUGCUAGGCUCAAAGGGAGCCGUUGGAUCUGCAGCCGUACAAAUGGCCAAGGCACUGGGAGCGAAGCAGGUAUUGACAGCAGCGAGACGAGACGACUCAAAGCCCGAUAUUCUCUUGGCUACUCAGGACCUUGCUGCCUUGCUCAAAGACAGAAUCUCAGCUCUGACCAACGGACAUGGAGUGGAUGUGGUUAUCGACACUGUGGGAGAUCCGGCGUUGAUGUCGGCCACGAUGGAACAGUUGGCGAAAAAUGGGCGCUUUGCAUGGAUUGCAGCUCCUAGGGGAAAUGUUGACAAGACUAUUUCUUUAGAUAUAUUCCAAGCAUAUCGCAAGGGACUAUCGCUUCUUGGAUGCAAUUCGGCCUCACCCACUGUUGAAGAAUUGGCGGAGCGAUUACGAUUAAUGAGCGAUUGGAUUGAUCGGGGGUUAUUGAAAGCUCAAGACGAGAAGGACUUUGAUGUGGUCACCUUGGAUGAUGCCAUUUUAAAAGGCUAUGGGAAGACUGGGAAGGUGAUUAUUGACAUGUCAUGA